AUGGCUGAAGCCGCUUUAUAUCGAACAAAAGCUGCAGCUGAAACUGUGGGCAAAGAAAAGAGUGCCUUUUAUAGAAACGUUAUUUUACCAAGUAAAACAUACCGUGAAACAUCUAAACUUCCAUUACCACAAGUAAAAAAUGCCGCGACUGUAUAUGAAAAACAAACAUCAUUGCAAAAAGAAGAUACAGAAAAGUAUCGCAGUAGUUUGCGUCGUCAGUUAUCCAUUGAUAUGUUACGUAAUGGCCAUCAUCGUUCGUUUCGUGAACUGUGUUCUAUCUUGGCUUGGCAAAAGGAGGACAGAGAAAGAUUAGGUCCAGAACAUCCUCUCCAUAGACGUCCUUUAUUAGACAAUGAAAUAGAUAAAAUGAGAAAAUUAUGUACAUUUCUAACAAAAGCAGAAGAAGCGGAAAGACAUUCUCAAUAUUCGAAUAUGUACAAUUCUUAUUUGGAAUUAGCCUGUUAUUUCUUAAAAACGGAUGAUCGUUGGUUAUCGGAUUAUUUUUAUGAAAAAUGUUUGACAGUUGCACAGACCUAUGAUAAAUUAGAUCCACAAUUAGCUGCUGAAGCACAUUUGAAUGUCGGAUUAGCAGGAGAGAGAGGAGGUGAUUUAAUGAAGGCAUUACACAGUUUCGAGAAAUAUCGUGAAUUAAGCGAAAAUUAUCCAAAACUGAAAUUAGAUGCAAGCUUAAAUUUAACACGAUUAUACAUGAAACUAGCCGAAAGAAGAAGCGAUGAUGUUCUGCAGUAUGUUCUCAAAGCUUAUGAAGCAUCAACACAAUCUGGCGAUAAAAAAGUCGAGAAUGAAACGAGUUAUAAAUUGGGCCAAGCCUAUUUGGAAUAUGGUGACGUAGAUUCGGCUCUAAAAUAUUUACAUGCAUACUAUGAUUGGUGUCAAAAAGAAGGAGAUGACGAAGGAUUUGGACGAGCAUCAGAAGCGUUAGCGACUUGCUAUCAAAAACUAGCAAAUGUGGAAAAAAGUACCGAAUAUUUAACGAAAUAUCUCGAAAAAGUUCAGGGAAAAGAAGGUGACAUACAGUAUGCAAGGGCAUGUAGUGCACUUGGAUUUAUCCAUAAUACAUUGAGUCGUUAUGAUUCUGCUAUUGAAUCUCUAAGUGAAGCUUAUCGUAUAUCACGAGAAAGUCGUCAUGCUGAUUUGGAUCGUAAUCGCGUUCUAUUUGGUAUUGCUCAAGGUUUAAAACUGCGACCAUUUUUUAAUGAUCAUGUCGAUCGAAUGGAUACUCAUUCAUUGAAUUCAAAAUAUUUGAUGACUGCCGAAGAUCUUCAUGGAUUUGUACCAGAUCAUAAUGAUACAGUGUUACUGUUGAUUGAUGUUAUCAAUGAUAUGAAUUUUGAAGGAAAUGAAGAAUUAAUUAAGCGUAUUGAUGAUGUUGGUAAACGAAUUUCUGAUUUAAAACACGCAGCGAAAGCAUCAGGAAUACCAGUAGUUUAUGUCAACGAUAAUUUUAGUCGAUGGCAAUCUAAUUUUCAAGCAUUAUUAGAACAUUGUUUAGAAGAAGAUGUGCCGGGAAAAGGUUUGGCUAAAUUACUAACACCAGACAAAGACGAUUACUUCGUACUUAAACCGAAACACUCUGGCUUCUAUUGUACGCCAUUGGAUAUUCUUCUUGAUCAUUUUCGUGCAAAAAGCUUAAUCCUAGCUGGUUUUGCCGGUAAUAUUUGUGUUUUGUUUACGGCCAAUGAUGCAUAUAUGAGAGGUUACAAAAUCUAUGUUCCUGGUGAUUGUAUCGAUUCAAAUACAGUAGAAGAAAAUGAGGCAUCAUUGAAACAAAUGGAAAAAUUGUGUAAAGCCGAUAUUCGUCAAUCGAGUGAACUUAUUAAACAUAUUUCUAAAUAUCGACGAAAACAGGUCCAAAAAGAUGUACAAGAGAGUAAAUAA